AUGGAGGUGGGUUAUUACGGUAUGCCAUUGGGUUUUCGGUUUCAUCCUACUGAUCAAGAAUUGGUCAGUUCCUAUCUUCGCGAUAGAGCCCUCUCCGGAAAGCCCUUGGGCAACCCGUUUGUUCACGAGUUCAAUCUCUUUGGACAAACACCACCCUGGGUGGUUUGGGAGCAAUUCGGUGGAAAUUCCCUACUCGAUCAGGACUUGUUCUUCUUCUACGAGCUGCGUUCUAGAAGCGACAGCGAUAGCCGCAGCAAACGCCGGAUCGAAGCCGGAGGCACUUGGAGCGAAACAUCCUCCGACAAAGUUUUAGGUUUGGACGGAAUUCCAAUCGGGGAUAAAGGACAUUUCAGGUAUAACAACAAGGGUUCUAACAACAAUGGCGGCUGGCUGUUAGAAGAGUACAGUCUUCUUUCUAAUGUAGUUGCUGGCCCAAGGGUCGUUCUUUCCCGACUUAAAAGGAAUCUGAGGUCUAGGUCCGAAAACAAGAUGAAUUCCUCAAGUCCAACUCAUGACUUCAAUGAGAAGCCGCCGAUUAAGAGGGCAAGAAAAGAAGUAUCGAAUGAGAAGCUGCUGAUUAAGAGAAAGAGAGCAAGAAAAGAACCGGGUUCACAUAAACAUUCUAAUGUGAAUGUGAUCACCAAUACCCCUGCUGUUGUGCCUUUUGUUGGAACUGAAAGCAAUAUGAUUACUGACACUAGGUAUCAGGAUCAGGAGUGCAUAACCAACAUUAACAGCAAUGUGAAGCCGGUUGAUUUCUCUGAUCAGGAUAGUGUGAUAUUGAUGAGUGAUGUUUGA